AUGACCACAGCCUUGGCCCUUCAGACUCCAGAGAUGCAGGAGGGACUUAUAGCAGUGAAAGUAAAAGAGGAAGAGGGAGACCAUGCCUAUGGGCAAGAAUCUGGCCUGUCAAGAGAUAACCCUCACACCAGAGAGAUCUUUCGUAGACGCUUCAGGCAAUUCUGCUACCAGGAGACACCUGGGCCCCGAGAGGCUCUUCGAAGACUCCGGGAACUCUGCCAUCAGUGGCUGAGACCAGAGAUGCACACCAAGGAGCAGAUCCUGGAGCUGCUGGUGCUGGAGCAGUUCCUGACCAUCCUGCCCGAGGAGCUCCAGGCCUGGGUGAGAGAGCACCACCCAGUGAGUGGAGAGGAGGCGGUAACUGUGCUGGAGGAUUUGGAGAGAGAGCUGGAUGAACCAGGAGAUCAGGUGGGAAGAUGGGAGAACAGGGGUUUGUACUUGUAUGAUCAAGAAUGGGGUUUCAGUGCAGUAAGAGGAAGAGGAGGAAAAGAUGGAUUUCUUUAUGUCUAA